AUGGCGCUGAAAUGUGGUGUGGAUUUUGUGAGAUUACACGCGUUUAAACAAGUUUUUAGACUCCUAUCAACACACACCCAGCCAAAUGUGGUCCAACAUAUUAAGAAUGCUGACUUUCCCGGAGCGAGGGCUCCCUACGCGACGGAAAUAAAGUUUCUAAACGAAAACAGUUAUGAUCCCAUCCCUAUUUAUCGAGUGUUGGACAACAGCGGGGAAGUUAUCGAUAAUAAGGAAGAGCCGAAUAUCGAUAAGGAUACGUUACUAAAUAUGUACAAGACGAUGAUUCAGCUUAGUCAAAUGGAUAAAAUUUUGUACGAGUCUCAACGGCAAGGUCGUAUAUCUUUUUAUAUGACAAAUUACGGCGAAGAAGGAAUCCACGUGGGCAGCGCUGCAGCGUUAUCACCAAAGGACUUGGUGUUCGCUCAGUACAGGGAGGCCGGAGUGUUUCUGUUCCGAGGUAGCACGGUGACGGAGCUCGUCAACCAGUGUUAUGGGAACAACGAGGAUCCGGGCAAGGGGAAACAAAUGCCUGUCCAUUAUGGGAGCAAGCAACACAAUAUCGUUACCAUAUCAAGUCCUUUAGCAACCCAAAUGCCGCAAGCUGUGGGUGCAGCAUAUGCACUGAAACGUGUACCAAACAACGACCGCUGCGUCAUCUGCUACUUCGGAGAAGGAGCUGCCUCCGAGGGUGAUGCACACGCUGCCUUCAACUUCGCUGCAACUCUUGACUGUCCGGUUAUUAUGCUUUGUAGAAACAAUGGAUAUGCAAUCUCAACACCAUCAGGCGAGCAGUACCGUGGAGACGGGAUAGCGGCACGAGGUCCCGCUCUUGGUCUUAACACCAUAAGGGUUGAUGGUACAGAUCCACUGGCAGUGUAUAACGCUGUCGCUAGAGCUAGAGAUCUAGUGUUGGAUACUAACAAACCGGUACUAAUUGAGGCCAUGUCUUACAGAGUCGGUCAUCAUUCUACAUCUGAUGAUAGCAGUGCGUACAGACCCCUUGAAGAAAUCGAUAAAUGGACCAAAGACGAAAGUCCCAUACAAAAAUUCCGUUUAUACUUAGAAGGAAAAGGCCUUUGGGAUGAGGAAACUGAUAAAGCAUGGAUAAAAGAGUGCCGGAAUACAGUGGUGAGGACGAUGCAAGAAGCAGAGAAAAAGAAGCUACCACACUGGAAAGAAAUGCUCGAAGACGUAUACUAUGAUAUGCCGCCACGAAUCCAGAAACAAAUGCAAAAAAUGGAGGAGCAUCUGAAGAAAUAUCCCGAACAUUAUCCACUGAAUCGAUAUCAGAGCGAAUAAUUUUAUGUUUAAGUUUUUCGUAUUUCCUAAUUAAAUAAAAACCCUUUA